AUAUAGACAAUCUUUGACUAGCAUUUUUGUAGUAGGCCCUUAAAAACAGUAGAGCAUGUCUGUCAUAUUGAUGAUCUUCGAAUAGAUUUUGCAAUACAUCCUUAGAAACAACAACCUUCCAAUCUUUCUCCAGUUAAUUAUGCAGUAUUUUUGUAAUUAGUCUGAUAAUAAUCUUUGUGAUGAACACAUGCUUUCAUAUCAUUUGACAAGGUUGUAAACUGUAGGUAGGUUAGAUAGAAUUAUUGAUUAUGAUUAAAAUCAAGAGUAAAAGUACUAAUUCAGUGUUAAGAUUUGAGUGGAAAAGUUGGGCCCCGAGGUCAAAAAUGGUUAAGAACCCUUGGUGUAGUUGACAAGAACCUGCCACAUGUCCUCCAGGUGGCAGUAGAAGCCCCUCGGUCAUUAAAGUCAAAGGUUAAAAAGUGUGUAAAGUUUUUUUUCCCAAUUCAAAUUAUUGCAUGACUGCCCUCAUAAAUGUUGAGUUUUGAUGUUUGAAUAAAUAAAAAUGGGGUCCAGGGGCCAACAUGAGGUGGGCAUCAGCGCCAGGUCUGAACAUGUCCCCUCAUCAAGGGCAUGUAUGGGCAUUGCCCUCGUCCUUUCAAUACAGCUACACAACAAAAGAAGAAGAAGAAGAAGAAGAGGAAAUUCUGGGAAAUUUAGGUUGCCUCACAAAGUGCACGUCAUUUCCUCCGAUGACCAAUGCCCGGUUUGGGCUCUUGAAAAAAAAAAAGUUCAAGUAGUGUGAUUAUGACAAGUCUGAGCAUUUGGAGGAGAAUGAGCGGACAUGCGAGGAGUAGCAUGCUUUGGACACGCCUGAAGAAGCCAGCAUCAACGUCGCUCGCCCUCCUGCUGCUGCUCCUGAUCCUGCUCCGGUCCUCAACAGCGUCCAGCAGCAGAGACCAGCAGUGUGCAAGUUCUGUGCAGCGGACCUUGAAACUGACCAGACUCAUCCACACGGAAUCUGUGGAUCUCAUCAAAACAUACAGAGCCUCCCAAGGAGACAUGUCCCACCUCUUCUGCAAGGUGUCCAUCCCCGACGUCCCCGAGCCCAACAUCUCCGGCCUGGAGCCCUCGGAGAGGACGGAGAGCAUCCUCCGCCACCUGCGGGUCUUCUCCUCUCACCUGAGGCGGGUGUACGAGCAGCAGACGGACCUGCAGCGCCCCGACAGCGGCCUCCUGGUCCAGCUGGACACGGUGGGGGAACGCAACCGGGGCCUGGAGGCGCUCCUGCGGAACUUCUACCGGGACGUUUUCCCCAACCUCCAGGACUGGCCGGCGGGGGCGCCCGCCUCCCUGCCGCCCGCGCAGAACACCUUCCAGCAGAAGGUUUACGGCUGCGUGGUGUUGAAGACCUACAAGGACUUCCUGCUGAACGUCUGCAGGGAGCUGAGGAGCAUGAGGAGCCGAGUGUGCCGAGGGAGACGCAAUUUCCUGUGAGACUGUGAGUGCCUAUUUAUCAUAUUUAAUAUUUAUUUUUCUUAUGUAUUCUGAGCGGCCGCAAGCACCUUAAAUACGUCGGGGUGAUUACAAGUACUUAUUGCAUCAAUAACGUGCAUGCCCGGCAGCGUGAAAAUAUCAAUAAAACAAAACUAAAACCAUGAAAGAUUUUUUUUUGUCAUCUUUUUUUUUUGUUGCUGUCAUGUGUUUUAUUGCGUAUGGUGAACAAAUCAGGAAGCAGCCGAGACGAUGGGUGUGUGACGCCAGCUGCCGUACGGUGAUGCACCUUCUGUCUAGUCGGUCACACGGCAACGCUGCGUCUGACUCGGGUGGGGGAAAAAACAAAAACGUUGAUUUUGGCAGAUGGGCUGGUAGGGUCAC